AUGUUUUGUACCCCUCCUUCUAUUGUGGGUAUUCCACCAGAGUUUACCCCUCCUGCCCUGCGGCUGGUUUCCUGCUCUAAUCUUAUCUCCUGGUCACGUGGCGGGCCCAGUGGAUGCAGUUAUAGAACGCUGAGCCAUCUCUUCCGUGUGCCUAAGAGCACCAUCAGUUCUACGAUUCCAGAAGUUUUGGAUGCUAUUUAUGAAAGCUUGAAUGAAUUCAUAAAGGUCCCCUCUACUACAGAAGAAUGGGCUGCUAUUAAGCAAGGUUUUUUGAAUGCGUGGAAUUUCCCAAAUUGUCAUGGGGCACUUGAUGGAAAACAUGUCCUGAUACAGGCACCUCCUAAUUGUAUCCCACAAUUUUUCAACUACAAAGGAUUCCACAGUAUAAUUCUACUAGCAUUAGCUAGUUGGAAUUACACGUUUCUGUAUAUUGAUGUUGGAUGCAAUGGAAUAGUUUCCGAUGGAGGAGUAAUACAGAACAGUGCGCUCUACGAAAAAUUAGAACGAUACACUUUAUUUGGUACAGAUGGAUGCAUUAUUGGGGAUGAUGCGUUUCCCUUGAAACCAUAUUUGAUGAAGCCAUUCAAAAUUCAUCCACUGACUACGGAGAAAAAGAUAUUCAACUACCGUCUAAGUAGAGCUAGACGAGUUGUAGAAAAUGCUUUCGGUAUUUUAACAAGCAGAUUUAGAAUCUUCACAAGAAAAAUUGAUUGCCAGUUAUCUACAACUUACAAAAUUGUGAAAGCAUCUUGUGCUUUGGACAACUGGCUCAUCAAAACAUCUGCAUCAUCUUAUCUAUCUCGGGGGUCUUUGGAUGAAGAAAAUAUUGAAACAGGUGAGAUUAUUCCUGGUCAGUGGAGAUCAGAAAUAACAGAAUUAUUCAACAUUCAGAAUAUUUCUGGUCGAAACUGCAAAUCAUCAAAACUUGCCAAAUUGUACAGGAAUAAUCUUGCCAGAUAUUUCAGUAAUGAAGGAGCUGUGCCAUGGCAAAAUGGUAAAGUAUAA